ACUUACAUACAACUUUGUGUGUAUAGCUGAAGACGACACUGGCCAUGUUGUUGGCAGAAGCUGGAUGUGUGUUUAUGGGUUUCAUCCUCUACAGCUCAGGGCUUUCAGUAAAAAGUCGAUGUGUCCUGAAAGGUUUAACAGUGGAUCUACCCUGCUCAGCUGAACCUGCCUCUGGAGCCCACAAAUGGUUCAUUAAACAAGAAUAUCAUUGGUCUGAAAUCUCUGCUGACAGGAAUCAUCAAAGAUACACUCUGUCCAAUGAAAGUCAUCCAACCUUAAGAAUCAAAGAUCUAAGAGAGAGCGAUAACAAUGGUUAUUGCUGCAGUUAUAACAGUGGGUGUCAGGGGAUUGAGAUUCAGCUCCAUGUUGCAGACCUGCAGGUGAAGGUGAUUCCCUCCGCAGAGGAGCACAUGGUGUCACUGGUGUGUAGCACCAGCUGUGUUCUGACUGAACGUCCUGCAGUUUACGUCUGGUACCGGAACGGAGAGACCGUCUAUAAGGACCGGUCACCCUGGUACCAAGAGCUGGUCAGCAGCGAGAAAGCUGUCACAUACUCGUGUGCUGUCAAAGGCUACAAGCAUCUCAGAGCCCCUGAGGUCUCAGUGGAUUCUGUCACAUCGGCCUGCUUUACUGUGACCUACACUACAGGGAUGAUGUGUUCUCAUUGGGAGAAUGAGUCCUGCUCCAUCACAUAUCCAAAGAAAGUACGUGUUCAAGCUGAACCGACAGAGAACGGCCAUUCCAAGCUGACCUGUAACACCAGCUGUUCUCUGAUGGACCAACAAACUGCCUUCAGCUGGUACGAGAAUGGAGUGUUUAAAAAAAAGAUCUCGCUAGUUCCCUCCACCUCUAAUAAAAUAUUCUACUGUGCUGUAAAGAGCAAUGAGUUUCUGCUCUCUGAUGAAUUCUGUGAGUAUGAAUCAACUCACGGUCUGUCAUAA